GAACAUUUUGUUUUGUUAUCCUAGUGGUGCGCCCUAGCGCGGAUUCGGCGGAAGGAUCGAGCUCUGUGUGAGGUCGCGCUCAGGGUGGGACUGACUGUGGCUGUGAAAGAGCCAGGCAUAGAGGAAAGAGCCGCUGCAAACAUUCACUAAUCACGAUUAUAUAUCAGAUUAUAUAUAGGAAAAGGACGUGGUCCUAAGCGUUUAUUCAUAGCCUUCUUCACCCCCUUCACCCCCCAACAGAACACGAUCAAAAUGGCUCAGAUACUUCCAAUACGAUUUCAGGAACAUCUGCAGUUGCAGAACCUUGGGGUGAACCCAGCCAACAUUGGGUUCAGCUACCUGACGAUGGAGUCUGACAAGUUCAUCUGUAUUCGGGAGAAGGUAGGAGACCAGGCCCAGGUGGUUAUCAUCGACAUGAGUGACCCUACAAACCCAAUCAGGCGUCCCAUUUCUGCAGACAGUGCCAUCAUGAAUCCGACCAGCAAGGUCAUCGCUUUGAAAGCUGCAAAAACUCUACAGAUCUUUAACAUUGAGAUGAAGAGUAAAAUGAAAGCUCACACAAUGACAGAAGAGGUAAUGUUCUGGAAAUGGAUCUCUGUGAACACUGUUGCCUUGGUAACUGAGACAGCGGUCUAUCACUGGAGCAUGGAGGGAGACUCCCAGCCGUUGAAGGUGUUUGACAGACAUGCCAGUUUAGCAGGAUGCCAGAUCAUCAACUACCGAACUGACGAGCAGCAGAAAUGGCUGCUUCUGAUCGGAAUCUCUGCACAGCAAAACCGUGUGGUAGGAGCCAUGCAGCUGUACUCUGUAGACAGGAAAGUGUCCCAGCCAAUCGAAGGGCAUGCAGCAGCAUUUGCUGACUUCAAGGUCGAGGGGAAUGCCAAACCGUCAACUCUCUUCUGCUUUGCUGUUCGCAGUCCUGCCGGAGGCAAGCUGCACAUUAUAGAAGUAGGUCAGCCUGCAGCUGGGAACCAACCCUUUGCUAAAAAAGCUGUGGACGUUUUCUUUCCCCCAGAGGCUCAGACUGACUUUCCUGUGGCAAUGCAGAUUGGAACCAAGCACGGUGUUAUCUAUCUCAUUACUAAGUAUGGCUAUAUACACAUGUAUGACCUGGAGUCUGGGGUGUGCAUCUACAUGAACCGCAUCAGCGCAGAGACUAUCUUUGUCACUGCCGCGCAUGAGCCCACCUCUGGAAUCAUUGGCGUCAAUAAGAAAGGACAGGUGCUGUCUGUAUGUGUUGAGGAAGAAAACAUUGUGAACUACGCUACCAACGUCCUUCAGAACCCAGACCUUGGACUGCGCAUGGCCAUCCGCAGCAACCUGGCAGGCGCUGAGGAGCUCUUUGCUAGGAAAUUCAACACUCUCUUCACUCAAGGAAACUACUCCGAGGCUGCCAAAGUAGCUGCCUCUGCACCAAAGGGAAUACUGCGUACUGCCGAUACCAUCCGGAAAUUCCAGGGUGUCCCGGCACAGCCUGGCCAGGCCUCUCCUCUGCUGCAGUACUUCGGCAUCCUGCUGGAUCAAGGGCAGCUGAAUAAGUUUGAGUCGCUUGAACUGUGCCGACCCGUUCUGGGGCAGGGCCGGAAGCAGCUUUUAGAAAAGUGGCUGAAGGAGGAUAAGCUGGAGUGUUCAGAAGAGCUGGGCGACCUGGUAAAGACUGCUGACCCAACCCUGGCUCUCAGUGUCUACUUGCGUGCCAAUGUGCCCAGCAAGGUUAUUCAGUGUUUUGCAGAAACUGGACAGUUUCAGAAAAUUGUGCUCUAUGCUAAAAAGGUUGGCUACACACCAGACUGGGUUUUCCUGCUGAGAAACGUGAUGCGGGUGAGCCCUGACCAGGGACUGCAGUUCUCUCAGAUGCUGGUCCAGGACGAGGAGCCUUUAGCCAACAUCAACCAGAUUGUGGAUGUGUUCAUGGAGAACAACCUGGUUCAGCAGUGCACCUCAUUCCUAUUGGAUGCUCUGAAGAAUAACCGUCCCGCUGAAGGACAUCUGCAGACUCGACUUCUGGAAAUGAAUCUUGUACAUGCGCCACAGGUAGCCGACGCCAUUCUUGGAAACCAGAUGUUUACACACUAUGACCGUGCCCACAUUGCACAGCUCUGUGAGAAGGCAGGUCUGCUGCAGCGAGCCCUGGAGCACUACACGGACCUGUAUGAUAUUAAACGUGCCGUCGUCCACACCCAUCUCCUGAACCCGGAGUGGCUGGUGAACUUCUUUGGUGCUCUGUCGGUGGAAGACUCUGUAGAAUGCCUGCGAGCCAUGCUGUCUGCGAACAUCCGCCAAAACCUGCAGCUGUGUGUACAGGUGGCAUCCAAGUACCACGAGCAGCUUGGGACUCAAACCCUGGUGGAACUGUUUGAGUCCUUUAAGAGCUAUGAAGGACUGUUCUAUUUCCUGGGCUCCAUUGUAAACUUCAGCCAGGACCCGGAUGUGCAUUUCAAAUACAUUCAAGCAGCCUGCAAAACGGGCCAGAUCAAAGAGGUGGAGCGGAUCUGCCGGGAAAGCAACUGUUACGACCCGGACCGUGUCAAGAACUUCCUUAAGGAAGCCAAGUUAACUGACCAGCUUCCUCUAAUCAUUGUGUGUGAUCGGUUUGACUUCGUUCACGACCUGGUUCUCUACUUGUACCGCAACAGUCUACAGAAAUACAUUGAAAUCUACGUGCAGAAGGUUAACCCUAGCCGUCUUCCAGUGGUCAUCGGAGGCCUGCUGGAUGUGGAUUGCGCUGAAGAUGUGAUUAAAAACUUGAUCAUGGUGGUGAGGGGACAGUUCUCAACUGAUGAGCUGGUCGCUGAAGUGGAGAAAAGAAACAGGCUGAAGCUGCUGCUUCCGUGGCUGGAAUCGAGAAUCCAUGAAGCCUGUGAAGAGCCUGCCACCCACAAUGCGCUCGCCAAAAUCUACAUCGACAGCAACAACAACCCCGAGCGCUUCCUGCGCGAGAACACUUUCUACGACAGCUGCGUGGUCGGGAAGUACUGUGAAAAGAGGGACCCGCACCUCGCCUGUGUAGCCUACGAAAGAGGGGAGUGUGAUCUGGAACUCAUCAAGGUUUGCAAUGAGAACUCACUAUUCAAGAGUGAGGCUCGCUACCUUGUGCGCAGGAAGGACCCAGAACUCUGGGCAAAUGUUCUUGAAGAGAACAACCCAUUCCGUCGUCCGCUGAUUGACCAGGUUGUGCAGACAGCCCUGUCGGAGACACAGGACCCAGAGGAGGUGUCUGUCUCUGUGAAAGCUUUCAUGACGGCUGACCUUCCCAAUGAGCUGAUUGAGCUGCUGGAGAAGAUUGUCCUGGAUAACUCUGUCUUCAGUGAGCACAGAAACCUACAGAACCUGCUGAUCCUGACUGCCAUUAAAGCUGACCGCACCCGGGUUAUGGAGUAUAUAAACCGUCUGGAUAACUACGAUGCGCCUGAUAUUGCAAACAUCGCAAUCAGCAAUGAGCUGUUCGAGGAGGCAUUUGCCAUCUUCAGAAAGUUUGAUGUGAACACUUCCGCUAUCCAGGUCUUAAUAGAGCACAUUGGGAAUCUGGACCGUGCCUAUGAGUUUGCAGAGCGCUGUAAUGAGCCAGCAGUGUGGAGCCAGCUGGCCAGGGCACAGCUGCAGAAAGACCUGGUCAAGGAAGCCAUUGACUCCUACAUCAAGGCUGAUGAUCCCUCUGCAUACAUGGAAGUAGUCCAAGCAGCCAGCAAAAACAGCAACUGGGAGGACCUGGUUAAAUUCCUGCAGAUGGCCCGAAAGAAAGCUAGAGAGUCGUACGUGGAAACAGAACUGAUCUUUGCUUUAGCAAAAACGAACCGUCUCUCAGAACUAGAGGAAUUUGUUAGCGGGCCAAACAAUGCUCACAUCCAGCAAGUUGGCGAUCGCUGUUACGAUGACGGGAUGUACGACGCAGCCAAGUUGCUUUACAACAAUGUCUCUAACUUUGCCCGCCUGGCCUCAACGCUGGUACACCUGGGAGAAUACCAGGCUGCAGUGGACAGCGCCCGCAAGGCCAGCAGCACCAGGACCUGGAAGGAGGUUUGCUUUGCCUGCGUCGAUGGGACGGAGUUCCGCUUGGCACAGAUCUGCGGCUUGCACAUUGUCAUCCACGCUGAUGAGCUGGAGGAAUUGAUAAGUUACUAUCAGGACCGUGGAUACUUUGAGGAGCUGAUUGCUCUGCUGGAGGCAGCUCUGGGUCUGGAGCGGGCGCACAUGGGAAUGUUCACAGAGCUGGCCAUCCUGUACUCCAAAUUCAAACCACAGAAGAUGAGGGAGCACCUGGAACUCUUCUGGUCCAGAGUCAAUAUUCCGAAGGUCCUCCGUGCUGCAGAACAGGCACACCUGUGGGCAGAGCUGGUCUUCCUCUAUGAUAAAUAUGAAGAGUAUGAUAAUGCAAUAAUAACCAUGAUGAAUCACCCCUCUGAUGCUUGGAAGGAAGGGCAGUUCAAAGACAUCAUCGCUAAGGUGGCGAAUGUGGAGCUGUAUUACAAAGCCCUGCAGUUCUAUUUGGAUUACAAACCCCUGCUGAUCAAUGACCUUCUGGUGGUGCUGUCUCCUCGACUUGACCACACCAGGGCAGUUAGUUUCUUUGCAAAGAUGAACCAGCUGCAGCUUGUUAAGCCUUACCUACGCUCGGUGCAGAAUCACAACAACAAAGGUGUAAACGAAUCUUUAAAUAACCUGCUUACUGAAGAGGAAGAUUACCAGGGCCUGAGAGCAUCCAUCGAUGCUUAUGAUAACUUUGACAACAUCAGCCUUGCCCAGAGACUAGAGCGGCAUGAACUGAUUGAAUUCCGACGCAUCGCUGCUUUCCUGUACAAGGGUAACAACCGCUGGAAACAGAGCGUGGAGCUUUGCAAGAAAGAUCGCCUCUACAAGGAUGCCAUGCAGUAUGCAGCCGAGUCCAAGGACACGGAGCUGGCGGAGAAUCUUCUGCAGUGGUUCCUGGAGGAAGGUAAACGGGAGUGCUUCGCUUCCUGUCUCUUCACAUCCUACGAUCUGCUGCACCCUGAUGUGGUCCUGGAGCUGGCUUGGAGGCAUAACAUUAUGGACUUUGCAAUGCCUUACUUCAUCCAAGUAAUGAGGGAAUACCUUACUAAAGUUGAUGAGAUUGCUGAGAAGGUGACGGUGGAUAAACUAGAGGACUCGGAAAGCCUGCGAAAGACCGAGGAGGAAGUUGCAGAACCAACUCCAAUCGUGUUUGGUCAGCAGCUGAUGUUGACUGCAGGUUCCAGUCCGGUCCCCCCUCAGGCAGGAUAUCCAGCAUAUGGAUACACUGCUCCUGGCUUUGCCUCCCAGUCCGCCUAUGGAUACAAUAUGUAAACUAGUGCUUUCUCUGCUUCGGUCUCUCUGCUAUACCAUCCUAACACCCCCGUCUCCUCUGUCUCUGUAUGACUUGGAGGCCCAGUUUUUACUUUUAGGCUGAACACCAUCCCUGCGCAGCAUGAAGACCUCUUCAGGACAGCCUGUUACUGUCGAUAUUUAUUAUUGUUAUUAUUGUUAAGAGUAUAUUACUGUUACGUUUCAACUUUUAAAAGUGCAGCUUUGUUUUGUUUUUUUUUAUCCAUGUAUUUCAAGUCUGAAUGACAGCACUGAUAUUGAAACUGUGGAAGGGAGGGUUCAGCAGGACGUUCAAGUACUGUAGGUUCUCAGUUAGGGAUUGAUUUGAAUAGGGAGGAUAAGGUCAUAUGCAUAUUCCUUUGCAGGUGUGAUCAAUCCAACGCACUGACGAUUCAGAGAAUGUGGAUGCAGCACUGAAGUGAAAUCUGUCAAACUUUAAAAGGGUUUAAAGUUUUAUAAAUGUGUCGUGUCUUGUUUUAGCUGUAUUGUUACACUCUGUUUUAAUGUAUCUCCUUUUUAUGAAGAUCACACUAAAGUAACAUGGUUUCUGUCGGAGUACAAAUUAAAAGUAAAUGGUUUUGGUGGGGGGGGGGGGGGGGAAUUCAAAAACUAAUGCAAGUUAGAAAUAUGUAGAUAGUUUAUCUUGACAAGUGGAACCCCCUGCAACAGAGAAUGCAAUCUCAAAAUGUGUAUUUGCCGAUGACAGUGGGUAAAAUGUCUACAAGUACAGUGUUCUUGAAUGUUGCCAAGGUUAAACUCCCAUUACACCUCGAGCUGUUGCUGUUUUUAUUGAAAUUAGAUCAAUGGAUUUAGUGAACGCUUUAACCAUGCUAUUAAAAAUAACUAAUGGUACAGAAUUUAGAACAAAGGAUAUAGAUAUAUAUAUAUAUAUAUUAUUAGAGAGAGGUUAGGUUUAUGAAAAUAUCAAUUGGAUGAAUUUGAAAGAAAAUGCCAACAAUUUCUGAUUGUAGUCAAGUAUAUAAAAACAAAGCCCCUUUCCAGUGUAUUGUUCAUGAAUAAAGAGGGUUUGGCCAUUUCGGAAGCUAUUGAAGAAUGCCAUUGGGGAGGGGAGUGGGUAUAUGAAGCGUGCCACUUUUUUCAAUAAUACUAUAAUCAUUUGAAUGUACUGAAACUAAAUGUAUAAUUUAUGGUAAUGAAUCUUGUGCUGUUCCUGACUUAAUGUAAGUCCAAUAUAAUGGAACCCCAAUAUGUAUUGUCCGUAGUGUAUAGUUGUAGUUCUAAGUGUAACAAUUUUUUUUAGAAAAAAAGAAACACAAACAAAAAAAAAACACAAUACAGCGUUUAUUCUUCAGCACGUCUGCUUGCCUGAACAUGAGUCUGUGAUGUAUUUUUUUUUUUUUUUUUUUUUUAAACCCGAGCAGCAACAGUGAGAAUGCCCUGGGCGUCCGCCCCUGCAUUGCCAGGUUUGUUGAAGGGAUACCGUCCUGCACGGUGCUCGAGGGAACUUUGCUGCUUUGUCUGUUCGUGUUUCAUGUCCCACAUUGCACAAAUUGUACAGACGUUUUCAAGAGAGAAAUGGUUUGGGGGAGUGACGUGCGCUGUUAAUCUUUCCCUUCCUCCCGACACACGUCAUGCCUUCAGAAGAUAAAUAAAGUUUACACAUGCUGUUCCA